UACCCACCCAACUCACGUCCUGACCAACUAAAACAAAGAAAUAACACACAAGCUAGUGUCAGAACGUGACAGGAAGGCAUAUUUUUGUAUUUUUCAAAGUACUAACCCUUAGUGUGAUGACAUACAGGAUGACAUAUUCAGUGGUGACAUACUCCAUGUACAUUGGCCACUUUUGGACCAGCACCCUUAAACCAUGAUCUCUUUUUCAGUCUAUGAAAUCACUGAUGAAGGAGCUGUGAAACUUAACCUAUACAUGAUUGGAAACAGCUUUACAGAAACUGUAUGGCUUUGCAACAACAAGAUCACUGAGUUUGACAGCUUCUUGGCGGAUAAACGCUACAAACUUUGGCCUGCUCACGUGCCUGGAAUGCAGGACAGACACGUCACAAACCUGGGCUACACCUCUGUGAGAGAAGAGACCUCUAAAGUUUUUUCAAAUACCAAACCCAUUAUUAAAGAAUUUAACCCUGAGAUAGUUGAAGAGGUUGAAGAAAACAAGAUUUCCUACAGGUUCCAGUGUGGGUUUCGUGGCAAGUUCCAGUGCAGAGCUACAGGGCUGGUAUUUGGGAUGAGGGAGCCAGGUACCGUGGAGUAUAGUGUGGACCACUGGGACAUGCACAUGCUUGCUGACACAGACUCUGAGCCUGCAUGUCCUGUGUUUAAGAUCAGCUGUCCAGAGGGACAUAUGUACCAACUGCACCUUCUUCACUGCGAGACUGAGGUCUACGCAGCUGAGGCCUUGUCUGUGGCUCACAUAUGGAGCAAUAGUCUGGAGAUUCUGGUACCUAUUAGGGUGACACAUUCACAUGUGAUUAUAAACAUCAAUGGGCUCUCCAGAUGGACUUUGUUACGCCGCAAGCCAAAAACUAAAAAAAGAAUCAAUGGGCAGGUGCUUCUUUUCCUGGAGCUAAACGUUACAGAAGGACAACACAGGCUCUGGGUUUACCUAUUGUCCCGCAAUGUCCCAUACACUGAGGUAAUAAAGCGAAAUAAGAAGCUGGAGUUCAUCCGUGCUUGCUCUGACUGCUACCUAAGGCCCGAAGCCCGAUACAGAGUGACCUCAGACCUCGAACAGGGCUUCAGCGUCCAUCCCAAGGAGAAAGAUUUGCAUAUUCAUAAUGGCCCAGCUCAACAUGCCACAUUUACAGUCCUCUUGGACAGUACAGUUACCAAAUUGAAGCUGAUGAUUCAGGAGCUCAAGAGGAUGGGGCGAAAGAAGGUGUGGAAAUGCCAAUGGUUUGAACCGAUAUUUCUAAAGCCAGGGAUGUGUGUGUUUAUUGUUUUUUUCCCAAUAGGCAGCAAUCUCACAGAGUCGGACUGGUUGCAGAAUCUGUGUCGCAUCCUGGAGCACCUGUCAGCCAAGGAGAUCAAGAGGCUUAAGUUUCUAGUCAGAACCUCAAAGGAACUCCCACAGCCCAGUAUCUCCAGCCAUGACCUGGAGUGCUUGGAGGAGCUUCACGAUCUUGCAGAGCUAAUGGUAAAGAGCUGGGGGAUGAAUGGCUCCAUUUCAGCCACUCAAUUGCUCAUGAAAGAACUGCCACGCAAAGACGAAACAGUGACAUCCUUGCUGAUGCCCUUCCUGGAGCAAUGUGUGGCGCUAAAGGGGGCGUGAGAGUCAGUGGUGUGAACAGCCUUAAAGGACCUUGGGAAGGUGCUUUCCCUCAGGGUUCUAUACUAGAAGCAUCAGGAGAAGGAGAGUAGAAGAGAACUUUCACACUGUUUUGGCUGGAGGCAACAACAACCCUAAGGAGAAGGCAGACCGACAUUGUUGAACAAAUGUCAGAUAAUGAGGUUCAUUGUGCUAUUUGCUCAGAUUUGUGCUCUUUUGCAUGACAAAUGUCUCCACUGUGUACUUGGUUAAAAAAUAUGUAUGUGUGUGUUCAUAUUUUUAAGCAUUAAAAUGUACUUUAUAUAAUAUCAAUAUUUUCUCCCUGUAUGAUAGUUUUUUUUUACAAUUGUUAAUUUUGUUCUACUAGUUCAAUAAAACAUUU